UCCCCCUCGCCGCGCGGGGCCAGCCCGGCCGCUCCUCCCCUGGGUGGGUCCCAGCUCCUUUUCUGGCAGGGUCUAUUUGCAUAGAGGAAACUGCCCAAAGUGGCCGCUGCGGAGGAGCUGGCGGCGGCGAAGGGGGCGUGCGCGGCGAUCCGCUGCUACCCGGCGGCUAAGCCCCGCGCCCGGCGGACCUCGUGCCUUGGGCGGUCCCGCCUGCUUCUCUUGCACUCAGCCUCUACCCCAGCUCAGCACCGCCCCCUCGUAGAGUCCACGCGCGACAAACGCGCCAUGGGCCCAGGCGAGCGCGCCGGUGGCGGCGGCGACGCGGGGAAGGGCAAUGCUUCGGGCGGCGGCGGCGGCGGCGGUGGCGGGCGCUCGGCGACGACUGCUGGGUCCCGGGCGGUGAGCGCGCUGUGCCUGCUGCUCUCCGUGGGCUCGGCGGCUGCCUGCCUGCUGCUGGGUGUCCAGGCAGCCGCGCUGCAGGGCCGGGUGGCGGCGCUCGAGGAGGAGCUGGAGCUGCUGCGGCGCGCGGGGCCACCAGGAGCCCUGGACGCCUGGGCCGAGCCGCACCUGGAGCGCCUGCUGCGGGAGAAGUUGGACGGGCUAGUGAAGCUCCGGACUGCUCGGGAAGCCCCAUCCGAAUGUGUCUGCCCCCCAGGGCCCCCUGGACGGCGCGGCAAGCCCGGGAGAAGAGGCGACCCUGGUCCUCCAGGGCAAUCAGGACGAGAUGGCUACCCGGGACCCCUGGGUUUGGAUGGCAAGCCCGGACUUCCAGGCCCGAAAGGGGAAAAGGGUGCACCAGGAGACUUUGGCCCCCGGGGAGACCAAGGACAAGAUGGAGCUGCUGGGCCUCCGGGGCCCCCUGGACCUCCUGGGACCCGGGGCCCUCCUGGCGACACCGGGAAGGACGGCCCCAGGGGAGCACAAGGCCCAGCGGGCCCCAAAGGAGAGCCUGGACAAGACGGCGAGAUGGGCCCGAAGGGACCCCCAGGGCCCAAGGGUGAGCCUGGAGUACCUGGAAAGAAGGGCGACGAUGGGACACCAAGCCAGCCUGGACCACCAGGGCUCCCUGGACCACCAGGGCCCAAGGGCGAGCCAGGGAGCGAGGGGCCUCAGGGCGAGAGUGGCGUGGGCGGUGCCCCAGGACCAAAGGGGGAGCCUGGCCACCGAGGCACGGACGGAGCUGCAGGGCCCCGGGGUGCCCCAGGCCUCAAGGGCGAGCAGGGAGACACAGUGGUGAUCGACUAUGAUGGCAGGAUCUUGGAUGCCCUCAAGGGGCCUCCCGGGCCACAGGGGCCCCCAGGGCCACCAGGGAUCCCUGGAACCAAGGGUGAGCUUGGAUUGCCUGGUGCCCCAGGAAUCGAUGGAGAGAAGGGUCCCAAAGGACAGAAAGGAGACCCAGGAGAGCCUGGGCCAGCUGGACUCAAAGGGGAAGCAGGCGAGAUGGGCUUGUCUGGCCUCCCGGGCGCUGAUGGCCUCAAGGGGGAGAAGGGGGAGUCGGCAUCUGACAGCCUACAGGAGAGCCUGGCUCAGCUCAUAGUGGAGCCAGGGCCCCCUGGCCCCCCUGGCCCCCCAGGCCCAAUGGGCCUCCAGGGAAUCCAGGGUCCCAAGGGCUUGGAUGGAGCAAAGGGAGAGAAAGGCGCGUCUGGUGAGAGAGGCCCCAGCGGCCUGCCUGGGCCAAUUGGCCCACCGGGCCUUAUUGGGCUGCCAGGAACCAAAGGAGAGAAGGGCAGACCCGGGGAGCCAGGACUAGAUGGUUUUCCUGGACCCCGAGGAGAGAAAGGUGAUCGGAGUGAGCGUGGAGAGAAGGGAGAGCGAGGGGUCCCCGGCCGGAAAGGAGUGAAGGGCCAGAAGGGCGAGCCGGGACCACCGGGCCUGGACCAGCCGUGUCCUGUGGAGAAUCCCACCUGCAGAGGCCGGAGAGGGGCACCAGGCUGGCGGGGCCCUGCGAGGGGCAAUGGACCAUGCCCUGCGGGCCCCGACGGGCUGCCUGUGCCUGGCUGCUGGCAUAAGUGACCCACAGGCCCAGCUCACACCUGUACAGAUCUGUGUGGACAUUUUUAAUUUUUGUAAAAACAAAACAGUAAUAUAUUGAUGUUUUUUCAUGGAAUGCGCUACCUGUGGCUUUUUAACAUUCGAGAGUGUGCCCACCCAGCCCCAGAGCCACUGGCAUGUGAAGCUGCUGGAAAGUGGACAGGCCAGCCCCGGGAGGUGUAUACCUGAGGGGCACCCUCGGGCCUGGGCUUUCCCAGGAAGGAGAUGAAGGUAGAAGCACCUGGCUCGGGCAAGGCUAGAAAGAUGCUACAUGGGGCCUUCAGUCACCUGAUCAGCAGAGAGACUCUGAGCUGUGUAAGAACCUGCCCCCAAACACUCUGGAGUCCCUGGGACACACCCUAUCCAAGAAGACCCAGGGAUGGAACAGCGGCUGCUGCUCCUGGCCUCACCAGCCUCCAAACUCAACCACAACCAGCUGCCUCUACAGUUGGACAAGACUUGGCCCCUGGACAAGACUCGCCCAGCACUUGCAGCUGGGCCUGGGGAGCAGUGAGUGAAAAUCCCCCAAGAGGGUCUAGCUCCUACUGCAUUCAGUCGGCCUCAGGAGGCCAGCCUGCCCUGAGAACACAUGUCCUCUGGCCAGAAGUAGUGGCUGAGCUCUGUGAUCGCUGUGAUGUGCACCCAGCUCCAGGGAGCAGAGUGUCGGGGAUGAAGGGGCCCAGGCUGGACUGACUGCUCCUUCCUGUGUCUGUUCCCAUAUCACCCAGAGAGAGAUAAGAUGGGACAUGGCCUGGCCCAGGGAGGAGGCCUGCCACUCAGAGUCUGGGUCUCACUGGCCCCAAGUCUGUCACCCAGAACUCUGGCCAAAAAUGGCUCUCUAGAUGGGCUGUGCAGGCAAAGCAAACCUCAGGGCUGGUUUGCAGCUGUCCCGAGCAAAGGGCCUGCCACCAGACCCACCCACGCUCUGACGAGAGGCUUUUCCACCUCCAGCAAGUGCUCCCAGCAACCAGCUCCAUCCUGGCUGCUUGCCUUCCAUUUCUCUGUAGAUGGAGAUCACUGUGUGUAAUAAACCACAAGUGUGUGUCUG